AUGUCCAAGAAAGGUAUUGAUCCUAAUCUUAUAACAUACAAUAUACUCAUUGGUGGUUUAUUUCAUGUGGACAGACUUGAUAAGGCACUUAUGCUUCCUGUUGAAAUGAAAUCUCAUGGUUUAAAUCCAGAUAUUCUGAGUUACAAUACUAUAUUAGAUGCACUUUGUAAGAACAUAAGACUUGAUGAAGUGCUAAAGUUAUUUAAAAAUCUUGAUGGUGAUGGUGUUGUUCCUAAUAUUGUUACAUGUAAUUGUCUGAUUGAUGGUAUCAGUAAAUCUGGGGAAACUGAUCAUGCAUAUGAGUUCUUUUUAGGUCUUUCUGCUAGAGGCUUAAAACCUAAUGUUCGUACAUAUAACAUAAUGAUUGAUGGAUUCUUGAAAAUGGGUGAACUUGAUAAAGUAAAUAUGUUGUUUCUUGAACUGAAAGAAAAUGGUUGUCUUGCAGAUGAGAUUACAUAUUUCUUGAAAUGA